UUUCUCUGUUGCCUAUAUGAGGGAAAUGUGUUUACCAUCUAGUAAUCCUCAGUCAACAGUUUAAUGGUACUGCACAAUCGACUUGUGAUGGAAAUGAAUAAUCCAACAGCUGGGAAGAUAGCUGUUCCAGGACCAGGUGUCAGAUACAGUGACUUUGCUGUGUCACAUGCAAAACCACCUCCACUUGUUGGACAACACACAGUGGAGAUACUGAAGAGCGUGCUGGGGUAUGAGGAUGAUGCUAUAGAAGAACUGCUUUGCACUGGUGCUGUGGCUCAGCAUGAGGUCAGAUAAGGAACAUUAGCUACAUUCUUUCACACUGAGUUCACAAUACUUUGUCCUCUCUUUGCUCCCUUCAGUUUCCCUAAUGGGACUCAAAGAGAAGACAUAAUUUAAUUCCUAAUUUU